GCAGUGGUUGGGGCCGGCGGCGGCCGCCGCGGCGGCGGGGUCAGUUCUCUUUAGUGUUUGCCGAUGUUGGAGGCGUCUCCAAAGUGUUCCCGGGAAGCAGUGACAGGCAAUGGCACAAGUUAAAAUGCAGACUACAGCAAACCUGUCUGGACCCACCAUGGCCCCUGUGGUGCUACCCCUGCCAGUUACAGCUACAAAUACACUGAGUCUGCCAUCCUCAAUGAAUGGAUCCAUUUCAGAAUCAGCUGCCAGCUGUAGCAGUCCUACUGCCACCCUUGUGGAUCCCACGUCUUUGAUCAACUCACCAGCUCCUCUCCAAGAUAACAUGGCAAACCCCAAAGAGAAAACUCCAAUGUGUCUGGUAAAUGAGUUAGCCCGUUUCAAUAGAAUUCAACCCCAGUAUAAGCUUCUGAAUGAAAGAGGGCCUGCUCAUGCCAAGAUGUUCACAGUGCAGCUGACUCUUGGAGAACAGACCUGGGAAGCUGAAGGAAGCAGUAUUAAAAAGGCCCAACAUGCUGCUGCUAGCAAAGCAUUGAAUGAAACUACCCUUCCCAAGCCAACGCCUAGACCACCCAAAAACAAUGUAAACAAUAAUCCAGGCAGUAUAACACCAACUGUGGAGCUGAAUGGUCUGGCGAUGAAAAGAGGAGAGCCUGCCAUCUACAGGCCAUUAGAUCCAAAGCCAAUCCCCAAUUACAGAGCAAAUUAUAAUUUCCGGGGCAUGUACAAUCAGAGGUAUCACUGCCCAGUGCCUAAAGUUUUCUAUGUCCAGUUAACUGUUGGCAACAGUGAGUUUUUUGGUGAAGGAAAGACUCGUCAAGCUGCUAGACAUAAUGCUGCAAUGAAGGCCCUUCAAGCUCUUCAGAAUGAGCCUAUUCCAGAAAAAUUACCUCAGAAUGGAGAAACAGGAAAAGAAUCAGAAGAAGAUAAAGAUGCAAACAAAUCUGAGAUCAGCGUAGUGUUUGAAAUUGCUUUGAAGCGCAAUAUACCUGUCACUUUCGAGGUGAUUAAAGAAAGUGGACCUCCUCACAUGAAGAGCUUUGUUACACGAGUUACAGUAGGAGAAUUCACUGCAGAGGGAGAAGGCAACAGUAAGAAACUCUCAAAGAAACGUGCUGCAAUGGCUGUCCUACAAGAACUUAAGAAACUUCCUCCUCUUCCUGUGAUUGAAAAGCCAAAACUUUACUUUAAAAAGCGUCCAAAAACAAUAUUGAAGACUGGACCAGAAUAUGGUCAAGGAAUGAAUCCCAUCAGUCGUUUGGCUCAGAUCCAACAGGCCAAAAAGGAGAAGGAGCCAGAGUAUGUUCUUCUUUCAGAGAGAGGAAUGCCUCGCCGUCGAGAAUUUGUUAUGCAGGUAAAAGUAGGCAAUGACACUACUACUGGGACAGGCCCAAACAAAAAAAUAGCUAAAAGAAAUGCAGCAGAAGCAAUGUUGCUACAGCUGGGAUACAAAGCCUCUACUCCUCUUCAAGACCAGACAGAAAAGCUUGGAGAAAACAAAAGUUGGAAUGGCCAAAAUGUUGGGUUUCCUGAGCCAACAAGUAAUACACCAAAGGGAAUACUCCAUCUCUCUCCUGAUGUAUAUCAAGAGAUGGAAGCAAGCCGCAACAAGUCAGCCCCUGGUACCACUGUAAGCUACAUGUCACCCAAAGAAAUGAGCCAGACUUCCAGCUCUUUCUUCAGCAUAUCUCCUACCACAAAUAGCACGGCCACCAUUGCCAGGGAACUUCUCAUGAAUGGAACGUCCCCAACUGCCGAAGCCAUAGGUCUAAAAGGAGUAUCUCCUACUUCCCCCUGUUCUACAGUGCAGCCUUCAAAACAGCUGGAAUAUUUGGCAAGGAUUCAAGGCUUUCAGGUACACUACAGUGAUAGACAAAAUGGCAAAGAGUGUUUGACCUGUUUGACACUGUCUCCUGUGCAGAUGACUUUCCAAGGUAUCGGAAGCUCCAUUGAAGCCAGCCAUGACCAGGACCAUGAACCCUCUUUAGGAACCCUUCUUAUGCAACAGAGAGUCACAGCUGGGCAGCCCCGGGAGCACAAAGUGGUAACCACAGAGCAGUCCUGUUUUUGACUCAAUGAAUAGUUUGCUCAACAGAGCUGUAUGAGCAGAAAAGUUUGGUGGAAUUCUCAUUUGAUAUUAACCCCUUUGAUCUGAAUAAUGAAAAGAAUGAUUCUUAUCUUCCUGGGAGUUAAAGCGACUUAAGCUAUGAUUUUUCACAGUCCAGUAUUGACCAUCAAGUCAAUACUGGGCUUGAUGGUCAAUACGUCUUCCCCUUCAGUUUUCACCACACGUGGAUGAAGCUAAACAAACUAUAGUCAUUAACUUCUAAUUUCUCAAGGUAUUUACAGUUUAAAAUGAAGACUAUCUAUCCUGAGUCUGGGAGCAGAUUUGGCCAAAGCAAAACUGCUCUUUCCAAAGUAUUUCCAAUGUUUCCUGGAGGAAUAUGCAUGCUCUGCUCUCCAGCCAGCCCCAUCCCUGCCUUGGGUAGGUAUCCAGCUGGUGGCGGCAUUGUUCAAACCUCCAGCCAUGUGCUCCUCUGGGUGGAAGUUGCCACAUGGACCUGGAGCUGAGACUGCCAGGUUGGGCUAUGAAGGCAAUUUAAGGCAGUAGGUUGUGUUCAGAUGAAGUCACUGUGUUCCUCAGCAGUACCUGAAAAGUCUUCGUCUUCCUCCCUUGUGUAUUUCUUCUAAGUAUAACCUGCAGACAAAACAAGAUCUUUCUUUCCUCAGCAUUCAGCUCUUCAGCUGUCUGUAAAAGAGCUUUACAUUUGUUUCAGGAUAUUUAAAACUUGGUUGCAUGGCAUGGAUUCAUAAAGGACAUUUUGGCAGCUGCUGUUGCUGAAUCUCUUGUAUUGGCUGUAGAUAAAGCAAGGCAAGUGCCAAAGCCUCAAGUCUCUUCUACUGAUAGCAGUGGAGCUCUGAGCAGUCCCUGUACCCACCAUGUCUCAGCCACUUAGAUAAAAAUAACACCUUUUUCUGAUACUGGUUACAAGGCUUAUCCCAGAAAUGGAAAUAUUUUAGAUGGUUUGUGAGGUCAUAGAACGCCUGUUUAGACAUUUCUUCGAAGCAUUGGGCUCUUCAGCAAGUCAGUCUUAUUUCAUACUCUCUCCUAAAUAUUUUCUGUGUCAACGUGUCUUUGAAUAAUUUGGGUCUUUUUUCUAGCACAGCAUGCUGAAUGAAAUUAUGAAUUGAGGAGAUUUUUAUGUUGUGUUUGAUUCAAUACUCCAUUGUCAUGUGAAGUGGUAUAAUAAUACACUAUCAGUCAUUUAGUGAGGAGCUGGGUGUACAUGAACCUUUGUGCCUAUGGGUGGGGCUUCCCAGGGUGCCUCAGUUCAUCAGUGCAGAUAAUACUGCAGAACCUGAGGGUUUGAUUUUGGAAUGCCACAAAACAGGAUCAUUCUUCCAAAUUAAAUAAAAAGUAAAGGUUCAGUGUAUAGAACUUUUUUUUUUUCCCAUAAUGUGACUGUCCAUGAGAAAAAUAAAAGGAGAAAAAGAGGCAAAGGAAUGUUUGCCAUAAUUUUAUAAGCUGCAAAAUAAUUAAGCAAGAAGAUGUGGGUUUGAGAGGGAGUUAAGGAAAUUAAAAGGAGGAUCAAACAUUGGCUUGAUCCAGAAGUGCUUAAAAUCCCAUUUGCCCUUACAGAAUGAAAAUACUAGUGAAGAAGUCUGACAUGCUGGCAAAGACACUAUUUAGACAUGUCAAACUACUUUAAGAUAAUUUGAAAGUUUCUUGGCCCUCAUUUAAAUAAACUGAAUCUUGAGUUUUUUGGAACUCUCCUGAUAAGUAACACUUAAAACCCUUUUGAUCAAAUACCCUUUCUCAGGCAAUUACAUGUUCUUAAUUUAGAGGCCAGUUCAAAAGAUUUCUUGUUACCUUCAUUUAACAAAGGUCCAAGUGCUGCAGUUUUCUGAUCCUUUUAAAAAAGGCAAACAAGGAGAGUUUGCACAAUAAAAGUUCUUUUUUAUUCUCAAAUUAAUUAUUUUGAAAUAUCUCACAGAUUACAUCAGUUUCUUCCUUGCAUUCAUGUUGCAAGAUGGCGAGUAUUGUAUAUUAUUAGUGAUGCAUUAAAUUAGUUGUUUACAUUAUAAAAUCUAAACAUAUUAGAAUCUUUUGUGUUUGUCUUCAAAGAUUCCUAUUCUAAUAAAGCUUUCUGAAACAAGUAAGGUUGUCUUUUUUGUUUAGUUUAUGCAUCAGUGGAGAACCUAAAGAUUCGUAGCCUCUAGCCAUCCCCGUCUGUGUUUAGUAGAGUGUAAGGAAAUUAUGUUUUAGACAAUAUAUAUUAUCUUUUCAUAUAAAAGGGAAAGUUAUAUUUUAAAUAAUUUAUUUUGCAUUUAGAAAAGGUAACACCUGAGAAAAAUGUAAAUGGAAAGAGUCAAAGUUUGUACUCUUCUCUCAGAGAAUUUGUUUUGCUGCAACUUUUAAUCGGAGUAAAAGAAGUAUGUAUAUAGUCCUGAAAAUUAAAGAUCUUGGCUGAAUCCUCCUUAUUUUUGAUGGCUUUGUUCACUCUUCAGGUUGAAGUGUUCCUGAGUGUUAAGGGAUACAAGACAACAUUCAGUAAAGAACAGUAGUUGGGAUUUUAAAGAAACUUUGCUGUUUGGACUCUCAGUUUUGCUCUAUGACAAAUGUUUUAACAGACUUGUAAUGAAAUAUGAAAAAGAAAAUCAAAAGCUGAUAGCUUUAAUAUGGCUAGAGCUGCUUGGUGAAAGCAACUUUCACUUUUGAGGAAGUUCAUGACUGAAGUUUUAGAAGCAAAGCAGCUUCUCAGGGAGUCAGCAGAGCAGCGUGGCAGUGGGUCCACACUAACCCCUCGACACAAUCCUUUCCAGUGCAAUAGGUCUUAGUUCUUCAUCUAGAGAAAUGACUGCUCUAAGAUAUAUAUACACUUAUACAUAUACACUUUGACUUUUUAGGACAUAUUGGUCAUACUGCAUCUGCCUUAUGAAUCUGUGUUUUAAUAUGUUUAGACAUACAUCUUCCUAUCCUAACAGUGUUGGCAAGUCAUGAGUAAACAGCAGGAUUUUAUUUACCUGUCAAAGCCCCAAAUAACUUGCAUUAAGCCAAUGACCAAAUAAAAUGUCACAGUUAUACUUUAUAUCAUCUGGAAGGAAAAGUAGCAAGCUAAGUGUUAACUUCAGAAUCAGAUUAUUUUCUGUGUACAAGAUAUGCCUUUUAGAAUAACAUGCCAAGAGCGCUGCAUAUCUCAAUAGCCUCCAGAGCAUACAGCAAUAUAACAAGCACUGGGUUAUAGUAAAACUUGGGAAAUGUGACAAAAUAAGCAGUGCAGUGAAGAGAACUGUACUGAAACCAGUUGAACAAACAGGAAGGAUAGAACUUGAUAAAAUUAUGGAAAAUCUUAAGGAACAUCUAGUUUCAGAUCAUGACAGUGAGAAAAAUUAUAAGGAGUAAACCAUUAUUUUUCAAUAAGCUUUCAGCUUUAGACAAAAAAGCAAAGUGAUUGAAAGGUACCAGAGACUUUUGAUUAAAUCAAAAAGUAGCUUUUUAAAGUAAUGUAUGAAAUUAUAAAAAAAAGAAUAUAUUAUUUGCCUGAAAGAUUUUUUUAAAUGAAAGAAAGUGUGAGAAGGUAUGAAACAGUCUGAUGUAACAGCCUGCCAGAAAUUGUUUCAAAGGUUAUCAUCACUUGCUUAGUUAUUUAGGCAAGAUGUGUUCCCUCAGAAAACCUAAGGACAAUUCUAUGUGUAACAAUGUAGUAGCACUCAUCUGAAUAGUUUUAAUAAAGUUAGAGGUUAAUCAUGAGGCUUUAAAAUAAUACAGACAGUGAAACAAAGUCUAAAGUACAAAUCAAGGCCUUGUGAGAAAAAUUAAGUCUACGUUUCAAAUACAUCCUCUACUUCUGGAUUUCUGAUUUGAGAUACUUUAUGCUACAGUAUUUAUAAGAAAAAGCACACACAGCUUUUAAAACACUAGUUCUUGAAGAAAUUCUGACUAAGUGUCCUGAUCCUGUAAACAUUUCUGUACUCAUGUAGGUCUACAUAUGAGGUGUUCAACUGGUGUGAGUGGAGGUUGACCUGAGGUAAAUACUAAAUGCAGCUACAUCAUCUGGGGUUAGGAUCCCAUCUUUGUUUUAGCUGGGCUCUUUUCUAAGUGUUCGAGACUAAACCACCACAUCUCUGAGCACAGUCAUCUUAAGAAUUGAUGUUCCUAUAGUUAUUUUUCUAAAGCCCAGGGUGCGUGAAAGCUGCAGUUUUCCAGAUGUCUCAUGAUUUUUAUAGUAGAAUGAGUAAUUUGUAUUUUGAACUCUCUUUUGCUCUUUCUAUUUUGUUUUACAAAACAUUGUGGCUGGCACUUGCAUGCCCAUUGCCUCCAGCUGGACAAAAGUGGCUGAAGUGGAAAAGUCUGUUCACAGUUGUAGGAAAAGAAGUGAUGAGAAGCAUAGAAAAGUAAAGGCUCAUUGUUGAAAUCUCAGGAAUUCAUGCCCCUUGUCCUGAGAAGAGAUAUGUGGCUGAGUUGUAUCGUAUAGAGCAGUGUCUUGUUUUGAGUAAUGCCUCUUACUUACGUCCUAGACCUCCCUCCUAAAACCUUGUUCCAGAUUACAAAUCAUUCACAAUUGAGAGAGCAGCAGCCCAGAGAAUCAAAGACUGGUAUUUGACUGAUGGUUUGAUCAUGAGUGCAGUUUUUAGGAGGAUGGUCUUUAUCAGAUGGAAGAAGAUUCUAUGUUGUGUGUUGUGAACUUCUGCAUUUGCAGUCAUGUUCUCCAUUUCAAGUAGGAGGUAAACAAGCCAAGUUGCUAACUAAAAUUGGUAUAACCAGGUGCCAUAUCUUGAUUUCUGUUAUAUUAAGAAUUCAGAAUGUCUUUUCAGGUUGUGAAUUGGACAGUGUGAGUAACUGGUGUAGUGCAUUGGCUCUGGAAUCUUGCUAAAGACAGCAUUUCAGAGUCUGCAUCUGAAGUUUCUAUUCCAUUCCUUGUCAGGCAGAAGAAAGAAAAAUCUCAGUAUCACUUCUCUUUACUUUGGGGAAAAGUUGUGCACCUUUCUUCCAGUCUCAUCUUCCUCUACCUUUUAAAGACCUUGGUUUUGUCUUUGGUACUCUUAAGACAUUUCCCAGCAAAUCUCUCUUGUAGGUAUUGCAGGUCCACUGUCAGUUUACCCCUGCCUUGUCUCAUAAGCAGAAUAACUUAAAUUUCUUUAGUCUUCAAAUACGGGGAAGACAUCCUUGCCUUAUUUUUUUAUCCAGAAAACAUCUGAUCUUUCAAUAUACCUUUUAAAUUUUAGAAGUUAGAGCUAAAUGUGAUCAAGUUCUAUAUACUAGAACAUGAUCACAUUUGGCUCUAACUUCUAAAAUACUAUCUCUACUGCUAAUAACACUUUCCUGUUUCUUGAUAUCAUUCUGACCAUGUGCCUAAGCAUUUGCUGCUGUAGCCUUUGCCUUACUUUUGAUAUAAAUUUUUUAAUGUUGUCUUUUUCUGGAAUAAAUUAUUUGCAUCUGAAUGAGAUGGAACUUGCAUCAUUGUGGAUUACCCAUUGAAAGUUCCAUUUUACAAUGCUUAUAUGUCAAUGUUAGGGGUUUACUCCCUUUUUAUCAAUUCUUAAUCUUUGCUUGGAAGAAAGCAGAUAAUACAGCAAGAAUGCCUUAUCUACGUUGAAAGUAGGUCUUUAUAAAUUAAAAAUAAGAGUGAAUUUCCCCUCAAUUUGAUUAUUUCAUGAAUUCCAUUCCUUAAGUACUGAAAAUAAAGUUCAAAAUGUUAACAUGUUCAUAUGAUUAGGAUGAUUUUGAUGAAUGUGGUUUCUACGAGGCUGGGCUUCCAUUCAGAGUCAAUCAAUCAGUGCCCAGUAGGUUUUCUAAGUAAAUGUCAUUAAAAGUUGCAUUUACAGAUAAUGUAUUUGUUCUUUAAAUAAAAAUCUGGCAUACUCUUUGCAUAAUAUCCUUAUGUAGUGUCAAAAAAUAUAGAGAAAAGACAUCGUAAAAAAUGCAAAUUUUCCUACAAAUGUGCAGGAAGCAGCAUCCAUCUGAGCAGUGAUGUUGAAACCAACUUAUUAAUCCAAUCCUAUGUCAAAAUACUUAUACAGUGUUGAAUAUAAUAAAAUUAGGACUAUGAUUAGGACCAGAGUUCUUCCAAAUUGCCCCAGAGAAAAAACAACAACAACAAAAAAAAGAAUAUACUGGCAGGCUGUCUGUCUACAUAGGAAGUAGCGUAUAUUAUUUUAUAUUCAUUCUGACAGAAAUUGCAAAAAUUUCUAUGUCAUUACAAAGCACUUGUGUCAGUAGUUAAAAUUAAUUCACAGGAGUAACUUGUAUGUCAAAUCACUCACAUAGCAUUUUCAAGACCAGGCCCAGACUAUAAGUUUCUAUCAACAUACUUAAAAUACGUUGUCACUCUAGUGUUUCCAGUAUGAAGUAUACAUCGGAUACAGAAUCAAAUUAUAUUUCACAUUUGAAAUGCAUUUUAAAUAUUUUCUUUUGCUAUAAAUUUCUCCAGUACAAUGUUUUUUCUGCUGAAAUCUGAGAAGAUCUCUUUAAUUGUGUAGUGUUGUGUUUCAGUAAUUCAAGUCAUGGUGCAGGUGGUACAUGCAGUUUACUGAUGUUAGAGAUAGUAUUUAAACAACUCCCUGCUCAGAGGUAGUAUAUCAAAAGUUUUUUAAUUGAGGAUGACAGAAGCUGGUGCUGCACUUUCAUGUUAUCCAACAAUGUGGAAGAAUUUUGACAUAUGGCUGGAAUGAUCAAACUACACCAGUUUUACUGUCUAACUUCAUUUGACGUGCAUUUCAGAGAUAUUUCAAAAUUAUUAACUUGUAUACAGUCUUACAGUUGGAGAGUUUACCUUCCUUAUGGAACAUUUUAAUAAAGUCUGAUACAAGGGAGCUUAUGAUCUCAAAGCAUUACAUAAAGCUGAUAUAUUUUUUUGUAAAUCUUCUUUUAUGUUUAAUUUUCAAGUCAUGUAGAAGCUGUAGUUUCUACAAGAGCUGUUACUAUAAAAGUGAAGCAUGCUGCUACUAACCAGCCCACAUUAUUUUGCAGGCACACUUCUUCCAUUGAUACAGGAAGACACUGGUCUAGAAAUACAGAAAAUUGCUUUAGCUCAUCAGCAUUUUGUAGACAUAUAAUAGGUAAAAUUAGAAAACAAAGGUAGGGCUAAGAAGUCCAGGGUAGUUUGGUGAUACUACCAAAAUUAGAAAUUAUAUGAUCUGUGCAAGUUUAAAAUGAGUUGUAGAAUAUUUACUGGUUUGUUGCUUUUUGGUAGAAAAGGCAACCAAAGUUUCUUUAAGUCUCUGUUGUUUUGCUUAAUACUGAUGUAACUCAAAGAGCAUAGGGGUAAGCAUAGAUAUAAACACUUUUUAAUAGGGUAAAAACUGUAGUUUAAAAUGUUCUGUGAAUACUUGCAUUUGUUCUGGAUUCUGACAUCUGGGAACCAAAGGACUUGAUUUUCUUCUAUAGUUGCCUGAAUGCAUGUGUCCUAUAAAAGAAAUCAGGAUUUCAAAAUGUAGGGAAAUUAAUUUAAUUACAAAAAUUACUGUAAAAAGUAAUGAUUGAAAGUUAAUUACAUUAAAAAUACCUACUUGAAAGUGGCUUCCUGGGUUUUUAAUUUAAACUUUUUUUUUUGUUUAAUUGUUAUGAAGCAUUUCCUUACAAUUUUAGCCAGCAUAAGAUAUUGUGUGUCAGGGAUGCCUUUUUCUGUCUAAGCAUCAAGUGCAUUAUUGCACAGGGAUUCACCAAGGGUACCUCAGCAUAACAGCACUUCAUAAUUAUCUGACAGAGCAGCGAGUGAUGGUUUGGUGUUUGCCGUGCUUAUCUGCAGCAAUAACAAAGGAUUAAAAGCUUCCUCGCUCCUGUGUUACAGUGCCUGUUCUUUCCCUGCUGGCUCACACAGGCGAGAGAGACAUGUUUAUACCAAGCACAAAGCUCAGCAGAGGCUGGAGGAGGGAGCUGCUAAGUAAGAAGUCAAUAUAUGUCUCAUAUAAGGAAAAGCAGCAUCCCAUGCCAGAGCCAUUUCUGUUAAACAGAAGCCUAUGGGGGAAGGAUUAUGACGUGUGAUUGAGACACCUGUUGAGAAAAUAGGCAACUAUUGACAAGUCUGAUUCAUGACUGAGUGACUGCUCUGCUAGUCUUCACAUGAUCCCCACCGAGAGCGAGCCUCGACCGCCUGCUAAACAAGGGCUGUUUGAAGUUUCUUUUUAACAUUUCCAAGACGUUAAUUCAGCAGGACAUCUCCACUGGGGUUCUCCAUGUCACCAAAUCAGCAGCUGUUGAAAUCCAUUCACUUCAGCAUGAAAUGUUUGCAUAAGUUUUUUUCUUUUUUUCUUUUAUUUGUGACAACAGCAAAGUAAAUAAAACCCUAAAAAUCCUGCACUACUCAACUUGUAGAUGUGUGAGAACUGCUUCUGGUCACAAUUGUAGCUGCUAAGGCAAAAUAUUUAUUUGUAGAGAACAAUGACAAUAAGGGUUUAUUAUGAUACAGAAAAAGUACUGAUUUUAAUAGACAUUUCUGUCACAUUUUUCUAUGUAAACAUUCGGUUAAUUUUUGUGCCAGCUGUCGAACUUGUGUGAAAAGUAUUUUGAAAUGGAAUUGUCUUUGUUUUUCAAUUCAAAAAAAUCUUAAAAGUCUAAAAGCAAAUGUUUCCUAUUCUUUCCAGUCAGUAAAUGAAAUGCUGUUUUUCUUGUAGGAAAACAUUUCUAUCUGACUCACAUUUCCCUGAGAAAACAGCUUGUAUCAUAGAAUUAGUUUAGUUUGAAGGGGAAACAGAACAAGGCAAGACAUGUAAACAUAUUACAAAGCUUACUUUGAUAUUUAAAUGUUUUGGUUUUUUUUUUCCAUUUCCUGGCCAUCUGAAAAAAGGUGUGGUGAAUGUAGUCAAUUGUAAAUAGAAACUCUGUAUUUUCAGUCAGCUUCAUUGUUAAACCCAAGAACUGCUGACCACAUAUGAAGACUCCCGGUUUGAGCCAUCCUUCCUCUGUUUAUUAAAUCUGUUAAGACUUAAGUGUAUUUUUACAAGUUCAUUAAUGUAUUCCAUUCUCUCUGAUGUAUUUUUUCCCACUAUUAUCAGAUUUCAUUAUAUGGGAGGAAUUAUCAGAUCAACCCAUUAUAAAGCCGAGCAGCGUUAAGUCUGAUUGGAAUUUGGGCUUCCCUCCGUUUACAGGGGGAAUAUUGUGUAAAUCAGACUCUCGGGUUUCAGUGGGAGGCACAGGGCUGCACAGCAUCCAUUUGUCAAGUUGAUUGCACCUCAGCAAGGCUGCAUUAGCUUGUCUUUGAACAGAAGUGAAAUCCUAUGCGAAGCUCCCCUUUCUGUCAUUUACACUAACAUCCAUCCUCUUAAACCAAGGCCUCAGAGAAAAAACAAAGUGAUGGCACAAUAUAAUCAGUCACUCAGGUUGUCUGUCAUCUGUUUUCUUAAGGAAAUGACUUUUAAGUUAGUGGAGCAGAAAAUUGAACAAAAUUAGCAGAAGGUUGUUGUAGAAGCAGGAGGAAUUUUUAAAAAUUACAGAUGUACAGGGAGAAGCUCUAUUUCACAGAGCCAAGAGAAAUGCAAUUGAUUCUGGUUUUUGGUUUAGUGUUAUUACAAUGCCAGCGUACCCAAUAUGCAAUAAUUCAACUUUUAAUGAGACUUUAUUCAUAAACUUGAAUUGGGUUGUAAACGCACAAUAAAAAGCUGGUAUGCACAUUUUCAGCUUUUAUAUCAGUGACUGUGUUUUAUGAUGCUGAAUACUCCAGUAAUUCGCACUCUUUUCCAUGUGUCAGGAAACCUGCCUAUAUAUCUCAGAAAUGUUAAGCUGGAAAGGCUGUUGUAAAUAGCUCUGGGAAGAAACUUGAAAGUUUAUUGAAAGUCAGAGAACUGGAUUUUUACCUGAUGAAAAUGGCUGUAGUAAAUAAUAAUUACUCCAACCAAAGCACAGUGAAACUUGUACAGUACAACUGCGACUGUUGCUACAGGGUUAGAGGUGUAAAUGAAGAGAAGACAAAGACACACAUUUUGCAUAAGGUAAAAAGCACCACAUUUUAAUACAUUUCUUUUCCUCCCAUCUUCCUAAACUCUUCUUUCCACUUUGGAGGUAGGUUUUUAAUUAGGGAUACUUUGGUUUCACUUCAAUCACUAGGAGAGUUGGUUUUGUCAAGUGUAUCUUAAGGGAACAUUUUUCAGUGUGGUAUUUUUGAAAGGAGGAUUGUGUAUGGCUAUUUUAAGUUAGAGCAAAAUAACACAUUCCUAGUCUAAAAUAAAAACAGUGAGUUCUUGCAACAAACUGGUGUGAAUUUUGAAUUUAUUUAGUUAUUUUGAAAUAGAUACGCCUUCUAACAGCUUAUCAUGUAGUAAGUGACUAGCAUCUGUCAAAUGUGCUUCUUUCUUUUCUGUUCUCUUCUCCCUUUUUCAUUCUGCCCGAGGGAAAACUGCAUGUGGUCUUUAUUUGUUUAUAUUAUGAAAAUAUAGUAGUUUAAAUCUUACAGUGCAGUAAUAGAAAUAUUACUGAUCUUGGGUGAGAAACCUGUUUUCUUUUUCCCCCAUUUUUUUCUGCUAGAGAUAGGGGUACAAAACCUCACAAAACAAGUCAGGUUAUUAAAUUGCUCCAUACUAACAUUCCUUGGAAAUGUAGGGAAAGGUUAUUAUUUUCAAUACUAUGCAUAGCAUGUUCCUAUAACUUUCAUAAAUAAAAGUAGAUUGUAGCUGGUUAAUUUUUCAGACACUAAGUAUUAGGAUUUAUCAUGUGUCCCUUGAAGAAAAGUUAAAUUGGCUUGACAAUCAUAAAAACACUUAAAUUUGAAUAAUUUUACUCAAAGACAGUCAGGUAUAUAAGCAUCUGAAGGAUCAGAGCAUAAAUGAAUCAAUUUUUCUCUUAAAAAAUAAAUCUUAAGCCAUUUCAGAAGGAAAGUAUUUUUAAACAGAGCAUGUGAAAUUAUAUAAAAAGUUACAGAAAUAUCAAAUGCACUGCUCAUGUAACUCCCAUUUCAUUAAGAUAUAUAUUACUUAAGGAUGUGGUACGAGGAUGAUAAUGGCUACAUUUUACAGUAAUUCUCCCUUUUAGAAUUUAAUGUUAACAUUUAGGAAUUCAGGAACCUGAGAGCACCAGAGAUCAAUCUUGAUUCGUUUAUUUUCCUUUGUUAAGAUUUUGAUAGCCUGAUAAUGCUUUUGUUUGAAAGAGUAUUCUUUACAUCCUCUUGUGGGGCAUGAAAUAUUGUUACCCCCAGCUCUUCCUCUGAAAUAGUGGAAAACAAUUUAGGUAACUGAAUCUUUGAUGAGGAGACCUGAGAUUGAAAAUUCUGGCAUUUAAUUGCCCUUUUACACAUAAUUCUUCUAUGUUUAACCUCAAAGGUGAUUAAAAAACUUACAUCUUAAUUGCAUAGCCUCAUUCAAUCAUUAGUACUUUGCCUUGAGGCAAUUUAUUACAACUUUAUUUCCCUGAACCAUCAAUGAAGAUGAUGCUGAAUUUUAUAUUAGCCAAAUGUCCUUUUGAGAUUAAUGUGGUAAUAUAGAUUUUAUGCAAGCUUUUUCCGCUUUAAUAUUUGUGUUAUUAGAUUGGGGUUAUAGGUAUAGCACAACUGUUUGGGCAGUUUAGAGAAUGCUGCGUGCAUCGCCUCAGAACUGAUGCUGGAGUUUUAUUUGAAAAUGUGCGUCUGCAAGAGGAAAUAAUAGCAGGGCAUUCUCUGAUGUGCUUCUCUAUAACUAUUUUUCAGCUUACUCACACAAAGUUUUCCCCAAGGUAAUAGUUGGACUUCCAUUGUGAGAAAGCUCUAGGACCAGAUGGGUGAGGAGGUGAGGAUGUGGGUGCUGUGCCACAAAUGCCAUUUUUAAUGUUGGGCAAGUCACGGUAAAUUGCACUUAUCUUUUACAGUGGUCUUUUGGAGGUUCCUAUAUUAAAAUUUUGAUGGGUUAGAGCUGUUAGGGCUAUGAAAUACCAAAACCCCCUUCUGUUAGUUGGAACUCAUCAUGAGCAUGAUUUCUGUUAUGAUCUUUAAUUCAUUUUGGAUAGAUAUUUAAAUAUGGCAGGUAGAAAGCAUUGAGACACUUAUGCUACUCUACAUAACUGCCAUAAUUUUAAAAUUCACUGCUUUUCCAUACCAUUCUCAGAUUAGAACUGGCAGCUACUGGCAUCCACUUUACAAGCAUUUCUGCUUGUUCAGAGCUCAGGGAGAUUUCAAUGGAUGAGGCUGGUUUGAUGAAUGCUGCAAGCGAGGUGUGCUGACACCAGUGCCAAAAGCACUGUCCUGCCUUUCCCCCACUCCUGACUUCUCAUUCCUGACCCUCUACCACGCCAUCCUUUGAGCUAUCACAGCUGUUUAUCCUACAAGCAGUGAGGGAGAGGAGGCUGGGGGAGGACAGGACUGCUGCCAUCACUCACUGCUCUGGUACAACCAGCAGAAGUGUUGGUUUGGCUGCAGACUCUGGAGCCAGAUGAGUGGGCUAUGUAAGCACACCAGAAGGGUCUCCUAGCAUUCCAGAAAUGUGAACUUGUAAAGUAAUGGAAUUUGGUGAAUGUUACAUCCUCCCUCUAAGGAACAGGUAAAUUCAUUUCAGCAGCAGCUUAAACAGUAGCAGCCUCCACCUUCAACUCUAGCACAUUUCACCUCUGGAAACAAAAGCAUAAUCAAGGGUGCUCAGACACUUGAAUUAAGUGGAAGAAGAGUAUGACUGGAUAUUAAAUUAAUCUCAGUGGAAAUUAGAUAUGUCUGGAUGAGUAGGGCAAAAGCAAA